AGCUGGUGGGCCGGCGGGCCGGCGGUUGCUGAGCGCGCCCGGACGGACCUGGAGCCCCAGCCCGGCCCCGCGGGCUGCCGCGGGCUGCGGGGUCGCCGCCGCCGCCAUGUCGCUGCUGCAGUCUGCGCUCGACUUCUUGGCGGGCCCGGGCUCCCUGGGCGGGGCUGCCGGCCGCGACCAGAGCGACUUCGUGGGGCAGACGGUGGAGCUGGGCGAGCUGCGGCUGCGCGUGCGGCGGGUCCUGGCCGAGGGAGGAUUUGCAUUUGUAUAUGAAGCUCAAGAUCUUGGCAGUGGCAAAGAGUAUGCUUUAAAGAGGUUGUUGUCCAAUGAAGAGGAAAAGAACAGAGCAAUCAUUCAAGAAGUUUGUUUUAUGAAAAAACUUUCUGGCCAUCCCAACAUUGUCCAGUUCUGUUCUGCAGCGUCGGUAGGAAAAGAAGAGUCGGAUACUGGGCAGACUGAGUUCCUUCUGCUCACAGAGCUCUGCAAAGGACAGCUGGUGGAAUUUGUAAAGAAAAUUGAAUCCAAGGCUCCUCUCUCGUGCGAUACAGUUCUGAAGAUCUUCUAUCAGACGUGCAGAGCUGUGCAGCACAUGCAUAAACAGAAGCCGCCCAUCAUUCACAGAGACCUCAAGGUUGAGAACCUGCUGCUCAGCAACCAGGGGACCAUCAAGCUGUGUGACUUUGGCAGCGCCACCACUGCGUCCCAUUACCCCGACUACAGUUGGAGCGCUCAGCAGCGCGCCAUGGUGGAGGAGGAGAUCACGAGGAAUACAACACCCAUUUAUAGAACACCCGAAAUCGUGGACUUGUAUUCAAACUUCCCAAUCAGCGAGAAGCAGGACAUCUGGGCCCUGGGCUGCAUCUUGUACCUGCUGUGCUUCCGGCAGCACCCCUUUGAAGACGGGGCGAGACUUCGGAUAGUUAACGGGAAGUACUCCAUUCCUCCCGGUGACACGCGGUACACUGUCUUCCACGGUCUCAUCCGCUCCACACUGAGGGUCAACCCCGAGGAGCGGCUGUCCAUCACAGAGCUGGUGAACCAGCUCCAGGAGAUUGCGGCUGCCAGGAACGUGAACCCCAAGUCGCCCAUCACCGAGCUCCUGGAGCAGAACGGAGGCUAUGGGAACACGGCGCAGCCCCGAGGGCCGUCCCCUUCCGUGUGCCCAGGGCGGCCCCACGGCUCCGCGAGCAGCGGGUACAGCGGAGGCCUGACCCUGGUGGAGUGUGACCCGCCCUAUGGGGGUUUCUUGGACAUUCUUCGCGGAGGGACCGAGCGGCUCUUCACGAACCUGAAGGACACUUCCUCCAAGGUGAUCCAGUCUGUGGCCAAUUACGCCAAGGGAGACCUGGAUAUAUCCUACAUCACGUCCAGAGUCGCUGUCAUGUCCUUCCCGGCCGAGGGCGUGGAGUCCGCCAUCAGGAACAGCAUGGAGGACGUGCGUGCGUUUCUGGACGCCAAGCACCCAGGCCGCUAUGCAGUCUACAACCUGUCCCUGCGGACAUACCGGCCUUCCAGGUUCCAUAACCGGGUCUCCGAGUGCGGCUGGGCCGCCCGGCGGGCGCCGAGCCUGCGCAGCCUGUACGGCGUCUGCAGGAACAUGCACUUGUGGCUGAAGCAGGACCCCAGCAACGUCUGCGUCGUGCACUGCACAGACGGGCGGGCCGCGUCCGCCGUGCUGGUGUGCUCCUUCCUGUGCUUCUGCCGGCUCUUCACCACCGCCGAGGCCGCUGUCUACAUGUUCAGCAUGAGGCGCUGCCCGCCCGGCAUCUGGCCGUCCCACAAGCGGUACAUUGAGUACGUGUGUGACAUGGUGGCGGAGGAGCCCGUCUCGCCCCACAGCAAGCCGAUCCUGGUGAAGUCGGUUGUCAUGACCCCCGUGCCGCUGUUCAGCAAGCAGAGGAACGGCUGCCGACCCUUCUGUGAGGUCUACGUGGGUGACGAGCGCAUCACCACCACCUCCCAGGAGUACGACAAGAUGAAGGAUUUCAAGAUCGAGGAUGGCAGAGCAGUGAUUCCGCUGGGCAUAACCGUUCAAGGAGAUGUGCUCAUUAUAAUUUACCACGCUCGGUCCACCCUGGGAGGGAGGCUGCAGGCCAAGAUGGCUUCCAUGAAGAUGUUCCAGAUUCAGUUCCAUACUGGAUUUGUGCCUCGGAAUGCAACGACUGUGAAAUUCGCCAAGUAUGACCUGGACGCCUGUGACAUCCAGGAGAAGUACCCCGACUUAUUCCAAGUGAGCCUCGAGGUGGACGUGGAGCCGCGGGACAGGCCGAGCCACGAGGCCCCGCCGUGGGACAGCCUGAGCCUGAAGGGGCUGAACCCCAAGAUCCUGUUUUCCAGCCGGGAGGAGCAGCUAGACAUUCUGUCCAAGUUUGGUAAGCCCGAGCUCCCCCGGCAGCCCGGCUCGAUGGCGCUGCACGACGCCGAGGCAGCCGCACACUCCCCCAGGGCUGAGCCCUCCGAGUUGGACUCGCCCCAGAGCAGCAGCACAGACUCCAACCACUUCCUGCCCUCGCUGGACACGCACGAAGAGAAAGAAUCAGAAACUGACAGAGAAAACAGCUUCCUCAGGGAAAGCGAGCCCGUCCUACAUGAAGACGCAGAUGGAAGCGAGCCGUCCGACGAGGACGCCGGGGCCUUCCCCAGGGAGCCCCCGGCUGAUGGGGAUGAGCCGGGGUGCACCUCCAGCCUGGGCCCCGACCCAGGGCUGCCGACCCCACGGCCCGAGCCCCCACCGGAUGACAAUGUCGAUCUCCUGGGGCUGCACUCGGAGGUGGGGCCGGGCACGGCACCCCCAGUGCCGGCCUCUGGGGCCUCCAGCAACACUGACCUGCUCAGCCGCCUGCUCGUACCCCCCACGGCCACCCCCGAGGGGCCCACGGGCAACCUGCUGGGCGGAGACCCCGACCUGUUCUUCACCAGCCCAGCCCCACCCCUGGGGGCGCCCCCUCCCACCGCCGACCCGUUUGACCCCUUCCCGAUGGCGUCUGAUGCCGGCCCCCUCGGCGAGCUUCUGCACCCCGACGCCCUGGCCGCCUUCCCCACCACCCACAGCGCUCCCCCGCCGUCCUGCAGUGCCGACUUCCUGCACCUGGGGGACCUCCCGGCAGAGCCUGGCAAGGUGGCGGCCUCAGCCAGCCACCCAGACCUCCUUGGGGGGUGGGACACCUGGGCCGAGCCCCCAGCGCCCAUGCCGGCCCCCAGGCCUGCAGAAGGUCCCCUCCGUCCUUCGGGGGGGCAGCCGGCAGCCCCUCCCGGCCCCUCCUGCAGCCAGGCCAAGGCUCAGAGCCUGGACCCGUUUGCUGACCUCGGCGACCUUGGUUCAGGCCUCCCAGGCUCGGCUGGCGGACCCCUCCCUGGUGGCUUCACCCCCAAGACAGGCAGUGGCCCCUGGCAGACGAGUCGGCCCCCGGGCACCCCACGGACCCCCCAGGCCAAGCCGCCCCCUGCCAAGGCCUGUCCUCAGCCAAGGCCGAACUACACCCCGAACUUCAGCGUGAUUGGGGGGCGAGAGGAGCGGGGUGUGCGCACGCCCACCUUCGCUCAAAAGCCAAAAGUUUCAGAAAACGACUUUGAAGAUCUCUUGCCCAAUCAAGGUUUUUCCUCUAAAUCUGACAAAAAAGGACCAAAGACGAUCGCCGAGAUGAGGAAGCAGGACUUGGCCAAAGAGACGGAUCCCCUCAAGCUCAAGCUCCUCGAGUGGGUUGAUGGCAAGGAGCGGAACAUUCGAGCGCUGCUCUCCACGCUGCACACGGUGCUGUGGGACGGUGAGACCCGCUGGGUGCCCGUGGGCAUGGCCGACCUGGUCACGCCCGGCCAGGUGAAGAAGCAGUACCGCCGGGCCGUGCUGGUGGUGCACCCGGACAAGGCCACGGGGCAGCCCUACGAGCAGCACGCCAAGAUGGUCUUCAUGGAGCUGAGCGACGCCUGGGCAGAGUUCGAGAGCCAGGGCUCCCGGCCGCUCUUCUGAGGGGGGACCACGCCCCUCGCUCAGCCAUGGAGCCACGGAGCACGGGGUCGGGGCCACGGAGAGCCGGGUCGAGCCAUGGGGCGCCCCACCCCGCCCGCCUCUGCCCUGAUGGUGGAACGCCCUUCCCUGCCACGAGAAGAGAAGCCAUUCCAAAGCCACUGGUUUUUGUUGAUGUUUUGUGUUUCUUUUUCUUGUCCUGGAGGAGUGUUGAUUCUCGCUCCCUGCGAUUCUCACGGUUGGUGAUUUGUCUGUGUAGUGACUGCCCCUCAGGAUUGCAUCUGCUAAGCGCACUCGCUUCCCCACCCCCCGAGGUGUACAUUUACAUCUUAUUUCACGUAAUCAGUCUUAUGAUGGUUCUGUACAUAAUUAAACUAUUUUCUGAUGACA